UCCAUGCCUUGCGGAUGCACGCCCUCUGAAUCUCGCUCCUCCUCGUGCCAACAGCUAUACGUAUUAUCUUUGAAUCCUUGUCAAUCAAAGUUGGGAUCCACCCCCCGAGAGGUUGGUGGGCGCGGCUUCUCCAGAGCCUCCUCCCUGUUGCCAACGGCUAUGAUUAUCUUUGAACCCUUGUCAAUCAAAGUUGGGUUCCACCCUGGAAUAUGGGCGUGGCUUCCCCGGAGCCUCGCCCCCUUUUGCACACGUGGCCCUUCUUUGCUUCCUGACCACGUGUGGCGGCGAUGGCAGCGCCUGGAUCGAGCCUCGCUUUGUAUCCAGAGAGGACGGGGCGGGACCAUGAGACGGGUUUCCCCUUGGAAGAAGGCGAGCCUGGCGGGAGGAAUUGUAGGGCUCCUGGGCUCCCCUUUCUGCACCAUAAGGGGAGGUCUGUGGGGCCACCUUUCUUCCAAAAAGGGACCCACAGUGGCUCACAGGAUAAAAACACUUUAAAAACAAUCAUGAGGUUUCCUUGUGAGCUGAGCAUACCUUUCCCGUCAUCACUGUUAGCCCGGAUUGCGCUGGACUCCUUGGCCCCAGACCCUGAGCCCCGUAAAGGAGGGAUCAGCAAAGAACUCAGUGUGAUGGAGGACACCUUGCACAUAUGCUGGAAAGCAGAUGAAGCCCGGAUCCUACGUGUUUCUGUCAACUCCUUCCUGGAGCAUCUCUCUUUGGUGGUGGAAACCAUGGACCUGUUUGGACCUCCUGUGGUUUGAUAGACUAUUCAGCCUUGACAACAAGAAACAAUGGGCUUCACAAUAGUCCUAGCCUAUUAAUGGACAGUGUCAGAGAAGGCACUAGACAAUGCUUCCAUGGAGCUAAGAUAAUGGCAGGAGAUACAUUUUGCCUUGGGUUCUCUAGUGACAUUGGGUACCAAGAAGGAAGCAAAGCUGAGAUUGUUUUGAUGUCAGAUUGUGACGAAAGCAGUGGCUUCUAGUUUUUUCAGAUUGCAUUUCCCAUAAUCCCUCACCUUUGUCUGUGCUGUCUGUGGUUGAUGGGAAUUAUAGGCCAAAAAAUGUCUGGAGAGUCACAGGUAUAGGUCAAAUAUAUUUGGGGGUAUAAGAAAGUUAUAUAAAAUCUCGAUUUUGAAUAUAUGUUCUCCAAUACACUUUACAGUCUCUGUGUGUUAACUGAUUAAAUAUGUUUGAGCCGGCCAACUGUAUUGAUUAUCAAUUAUAUGUACAUAAGCAAAGUCUUAAUAAAAGUGCUCUUUCCAGCUUCUGAAUGGAGAUGGUGAGGUCAUAAAGUGUGA